AUGCUGUCCACCAAAUCCUCCCAAAAGUCGCCGGGCAGUAAUGCAGCAGGAGCCUCAUAUCAGUCUAAAACCAUACAAAGCGAAUCGUCGCUUUCACAGAAUGAAUCAGCGAGGAGGAAUGAGGGGAAAGCGGGAUCGACAACGACUUCGCAACCCUCCAACAAAGCUGACAUAACGAAGGCCUUGGAAAGGGAUUUCAAAUGGAAGCAUCUCGGCGCUGUGGGUAUUCUUAUGUGGAUUUUCUUCUUGCACAUUGUUGGCGUGUAUUACUUCACAAAAGGCUUUCUCCUGACUCGUCUUGUUCUUGAUAACAAGUCAACUUGUGAUGUGGUCCCUCUGGAUGUUGUUACCAGUAGCGGAAACUCACAAGAGGGUUGCUGGCAUCCCAAAACUUUCGACAAGGCGGUGUUUCUAAUCAUUGACGCCCUGAGAUACGACUUUACCGUUCCCUUUCACCCACAAUUUGAAGGCGAUGAAGCCCAUAUAUACCAUAAUAAUAUCCCCGUUCUUUACGAGACUGCAGUCCACCAUCCCGAAAGAGCUAUCUUGUUACCUUUCAUUGCCGACCCGCCUACAACCACUUUGCAACGACUAAAAGGUUUGACUACCGGUACGUUGCCGACCUUUAUCGACGCCGGCUCAAACUUUGAUGGUUCUGCGAUUGAUGAAGAUAAUAUCAUCUCUCAACUGCGCACUGCUGGUAAAAACCUGGUUCAUCUUGGAGAUGAUACUUGGGACAAACUAUUUCCGGAUUACUUUGACCCUGAACUAUCGCAUCCCUUUGACUCAUUCAACGUCUGGGACUUGCACACUGUGGAUAAUGGUGUGAAUGACAACCUUUUCCCUCUUCUCCAUCCGACAAAUUCGAGCAAGUGGGAUGUAGUUUUUGGGCAUUACCUCGGUGUCGAUCAUGCGGGCCAUCGCUAUGGUCCAGAUCAUGCUGCAAUGGCAGCUAAACUGAAGCAAAUGAAUCAAGUUAUUCGAGAUGUCGUUCAAAAAAUCGACGACGAUACAUUGCUCAUUGUCAUUGGUGAUCAUGGUAUGGACUCCAAAGGCGACCACGGAGGCGAGUCUGAUGACGAGGUUGAAGCCGCACUGUGGAUGUAUUCGAAAAAGGGCAUUUUUGGGCGCACAAAUGAGGACCACAAAAUGCCACCAUCGACAGCUAAAGAAAGAGCUGUACCACAGAUUGAUAUUGUCCCCACGUUGUCUUUGCUCAUGGGCAUACCGAUUCCGUUCAAUAACCUAGGCUCUCCGAUCGAAGAAGCAUUUGCAGGGCCUUAUGGAGCAGAUAUCAAAAACCUGGCAACGGUUAACCGUAUCACGUCAGGGCAGAUCAAACGAUAUCAACACCACUAUUCUGUGGCGCGAGGUGUGAACGAUAGCGAAACCUCGGGUCCUUUGUCCCUGUUAGUCGACGCAGAAUUGCAAUGGCAAUCACUAAGCAAACUCAACUCUAAUUCGGACAAGUACCGAGCAGCAUAUAAUGCUUAUCGGGAAUAUCAACGCGAUACCUUAAAUGUAUGUCGCGCCCUGUGGGCUCGAUUCGAUGUUCCAAGUAUGAUACGAGGCAUUGCGAUACUUGUCGGCGGUAUUGUCGUUUUGAUUGUUUAUGCCCGUGGCAUACGUGAUGAAUCCCGAGCAACUUUCGAUUCGCAUUUGAUCCGCCGCAUUGGUUUCGGUAUGGGUUUUGGUUCUAUUGUCGGUAUCGUCAGUGGUCUCAUAGGAAAACGAGAAGAUACAUUGUGGGCAGAAAUCAUUGCACUGUCUGCUGCAGGAGGCAGCAUCGCCUCUGUCGUAUCUAGCGUUGUUAUUUUCCCAUCAAGCUUCAAAUCACCAUUACCUACGUCACUUUGGAGCUGGUUUGCAGUCAUCGUGACCGUGUCUCAAUCUAUCGGCUUUGCGUCAAAUUCGUACACCAUCUGGGAAGACGAAAUUCUACUUUUUUUCCUUACUACCUUCGGCGUGUUAGCGGGAGUAUCUUCGAUGAGACAAAAGUCGACAUCUGACAGGGUUCUCGGUGUCUAUCACUCUAUCAUUUUCAUCAUCAUGGCGCGACUGGCUUCAUUUUCUCGCCUAUGUCGCGAGGAACAAAUGCCUUUCUGCAAAUCGACCUAUUACGCUUCCUCAUCGUCAUCAACUUCAGCUCCAUGGCAACUCGCCAUUCCAUUCGCUGUUGCAUUAGUUCUCCCAGGCGUCGUCCGCUCGUUUUACGCAGGAUCAAAAUCUUACGAAGGGUCGGCUACACUCUGGAUUGGCGUCGCUUUCCGGGUUGGUCUAUUCAUUUCCGCGGCGUUCUGGACUCUGGAUACUGCAGAUAAUGGUGACUGGUUCUCUUUUGGAAAGGGGACGUUCAAGUCUGUCCAGAUUAUACUCGCGCAACUGGUUCUUGCAAUUGCAUUUGCAGCGGGAACUACGACAUUUAUCUGGGCAAAGCCAUGCAUCAGUAUCAACGUUACAUCUGGAUCAGGUGCCGACCAGACAGGAAGCGUACAACAACCGAAGCCACAACAACAGCGAACAACCAUCACCAUCCUUGGCUUUGGCAAUGUUCACGGCACCCGAUUCUUCCUGCUGGUAGUCAACUUCGUCCUCGCCAUUACAUUACUGAGCAAGCCCAUGGGCCAGGGCGCAAUCGCCAUCGAAACACUACAAAUCCUCUCCCUACUCGAAAUUCUCGACACCAACGGCCUCACAACCACAAACUCCGCUAUCGGCCCGAUCGUUUUGGGCCUGCUAGGCUCAUUCCAUUACUUCAAAACAGGCCACCAGGCCACUUUGAACAGCAUCCAAUGGGAAAGCGCAUUCUUUGCACUCUCAUCCAUCCAAUACCCCUGGUCCCCUCUCCUUGUGAUUCUGAACACGUUUGGCGCCCAAAUCCUCGCCGCCGUCGCUGUUCCACUAACGGUGCUGUGGAAACGACCUGUCGAUACACACGGACGAUUACCAAUGCAACUAUUCAAGGAUGACGACGAAACAUCCUCACCAGACGAUAACGAAAAAGUCAAAAAUAACAGCCCCAUGCUCCGUCUCCUCUCCGAUACCGUCCAAGCCGUCUCCACCCAUAUUUUGUAUUAUGCAACCAUCAACCUGGCCACGACGAUGUGGGCGGGCCAUCUUCGGCGUCAUCUGAUGCUGUAUCGCAUCUUUUGUCCGCGGUUCCUGAUGGGUGCUGCUGUGCUGGGAGUGGUGGAUGUUUUUGCGAUACUUGUUGGGUUGGGCUUGGGGGUUAGAGCGAAUGCGUUAAGUGUUACGGAGGUUUUUGGCUGGUAG